AUGGAUGCCGUAAGCAACUCUGUGACUGUAAAUUCCUAUAAAAAGGCCCUAAAUUAUUUGAAAGAGAAGUACCAGAAUAUAGACAUCUUUGAUGUGAGUGGAACGACAAACAUUAAUGAUGAGACAAUAACGGAAUUUAUAAAAUCGAGCAUUUUAUCCCCAAAUGACAAACAGAUAGUAGAAAUGUUUAAUGAAAAAAAAAUAAAUAAAUUGAUGUUAAUUAAUUAUAUGGAAAAUAAAGUAAAAACAGUUCUUCAAGGAAAGAUCCAUUUAUUGUUAGUACUUGCUUCCCCGAUUUGGAUUACCUACAUGUUACGCCUAUCGAAGACGUUAUGGGCAAAAGUUUUUACCUCCAUUGCAGCUUUAUGUAUGUUUUUUAAUUUUUUUGCUUCCUUCUUACUUCACAAUUUCGACUGGAAACCUGAGUUAUUUUUCUUGAUUGAGAAGAUAGAUCACAUUGGCAUUUUUUUAAUGAUUAGUGGAUCCUGUUUACCACUCCCCGCAUUGCUUUUUAACAAGCUAAAAUUUGUAUCUUAUAUUAUACUACAAGGGUUGACGUCUCUCCUUGGGUGCUUAUUCAUAUGCUUCAGCCGCUUCAGUACGGGCAAUAGGAUUACGCGGGCCCUCACCUAUGUCAUAGCUGGGUUUUUGCACGCCCUAUUUUUGAAGGACUAUAUAAUGGGCCUCAUUCCCAAGGAGAUCAUCUUUUUCUUUUUCCUGGCAGGGAUUUACUGUCUGGGGGCCCUCAUCUAUUCCAUGAAGAAGCCCAACCCCAUUAAGGGUAGCAGCAUAUGA